AUGGCCAAAUCCGCACGAGCAAGCAGCAAAAAGGCGAACCGCACCAAGCUGCGCGCCAGAGUAUUCGGACCCGUCGAGAAAGCCCGCGCUGAGCGCCUGCACGCAAAGCUCCUCGAGACCAUCGCGCAAUCGAAGCCUGAGAGGACGGAAAUGGACACAGCCGAAGCGACUGCCACCGAAGCAACCAAGGAGGAUGACUUGCCCAAAGGUUCGUCUUUUCUAACUGCCUCCAUACCACGUUCCUUGUGCGACCCUACCAACACCAAACUCGAUCCUGCACAAGAGAGUCGUGAGCUCAGAAACCUUUGUUUCUACAUGGGGCUCUGUUCCGACAUUGUUGGCUUCAGCCAGGACGGCCGUCUCAAGUUUGCCUUUGACCCGCUUCCACCGACUGACAUGGACGUCGAUGGCGCCGCUUCCGCUGCGAAGAAGUCGAGCAAGAAAAACAAGGACAAGGACCAGUCCCGGAAACAGCUUCGCCGGAGGCCGCAGAACAAGAUUUCGUUCCCAUCCUCGCGCGGUAAAGGCGCCCUAAAGCCCUUCACCGGCUCGCGUGUCGGCAAGCGCCGAUCAUGA